AUGAAAGCAACCCAGCAGGUGACGCCAAGUAACCGACAAGCGGUCCGAAAGGCGCGGCGCCGGGUUGGACGGGUCCGUGCUUCGAUAGCGCAGCUUGAAUUGCGUCGGGCUUUCGCCAAGGACGAAGCCAAGUGUGUGGCCAAGAUUUUGGACGGUGCCUCAGCGGAGACCGCGGGUGUCGAGCACCCAGACACCUGCCCCAUUGGAAGGGAGGAGCUCUACCGCCACUUUGUGGGCCCCAGCACGGCGCCAGCUCCCUUCGACUAUGAUGCUGCUGAAGGUAACGAGUUCCGGGCCGUGCUAAACGACUUUUCGGUGCAUACACUGGGUGGUGAUUGUUUCGAUGGAGAUAUUUCGAUGGAUGAAGUGGAGGACCAGCUACUGCGGGCAGCCAAGGCAUCCAGCCCUGAUCAUGAUGGGUUUGGAUAUGAUGUUUUUCGCCGGUUUGCCCGCGCCCGCAGUUGGUACCCCUUCUGCAUGCCGCAUACCAGUUCUGUUGGCUGCAUCGGAUGGUGCCCGUGCUGUGGAAGGUGGGCGUCGUUUGCCCUAUCCACAAGAAGGGUGAACCGAUGCAGCCGACCAACUGGCGACCGAUAUGCCUACAGCCCGCUAUCUACAAACUCUACAGCGGGUUGUUGGCACGUCGGCUAUCGCGCUGGUUAG